GUAACUAGAUCUCUUCAAGUCGAACUUCCACGCUAUACCUCUAUAAUUCAAAGUUGUAGCUAUAUGUGUAACCGUGUCUGUAGAAUAUGGUUUAGAAUUUCCAUGCGAGGGGACAUCGCUCUACGGACACUGGAACCCAUUAGGUAUCAAUACGAGCGAUGUACCAGCAGCAGAAGAAGAUGGGCGUGUUCCACAAUAGAAAAAGGAUACUCUCCAGCUGACGCCAGUGAAUUACGUGCCAUAGCGUCUUUCCAUCAUCCACAAGGUUUUGUAUACGGCUAUAUAAGAAUGACGCAGCUCGUUUAUAAAGACAAUAGCCAAAGUGAGACGGUAAUCGAAGUCAAUUUACGACAUCCUGGGAAGCACGAUCGCAAUAUUACCAGAAAUCAUAAUUGGGCGAUAUACGUAAAUCCCGUGGGUGUAGAUGCCUCGGUGAAAGUGAAGGACACUCGAUGCGUAGCAGCGGGAUACAUAUGGAAUCCCUAUUUCACACAAUUAGCUGAUCCGCUGAACGAUGAUCUUUAUAGAGAGGAAUGUGGUCCAGAUUUGCCACUUAGAUGUUAUGUUGGCGAUAUAUCGUCUCGUCUAGGUCCCAUUAAUAUCGGAGAAAAGCGACAAAUAUUUACAGAUUCCAAUUUUCCUCUGGGUGAACCGGUAUCCGCAAUGGGUAGAUCUAUUAUCAUUUUUGAUAAGGAGUUUGGCGGAAACAGAUUUGCUUGCGCAAAUAUUGAACCUGAUCACGACAUCGUUAAAUAUGCGAAUAUUAGAAAACCACCGCGAUUUGUUGUGUAAGUUAUUUAUUUACAGAAUAAUA